CGCCAAUAAACACCAAAGAAGAAUAAGAAGAGCAGCGAGGGAAUGGAGGUGGAAGGCUGGGACGCCAAUCUGGAGGAAGAGCUGGGCAUUUCUCUGGAUGAGCUGGAGAAGUGGAUUGAUGAGGCCGUGGAGAAGAGUGAAAUUGUGCAGAAGAAAAAGGCUCAACUGACAGAGCUCAAGGAAUGGGUGGAGCAGAAAGAGGAACAGGAGGCAAAGACAAACGUGCUUCUCAUCGAGGCCAACAAAUCCAUAUUGGAGUGUGAGAGACUUGUGAAGGAAGCCUACCAAAAGAACGGUCUUGUUUACCGAGAGAGCAGCUCGGAGGAUGAGGGCGGCGGGGGGGGCCUGUUGCCCUCUGAAGUAAUUGAGAUGGACGAUGACGAAGACGAUGACGUCAUUGAUGUUGGCUGUUUGGUUCCUCCAAAGAAACCCGGCACUCCUUGCAAAGAUCCACUGUUAAAAGAUGCCUGGACAGCACUACAGAAAACCUCCCAGCAGGUGCAGAAGUUGAGCCAAAUUGUCACCAAGCCUUCACCAAAUGCUGCUUGGCAACGGUCUCCAUCAAAGCCUCCAUCGCAGUCAGGUAUUCAGGCUUCAGUGCCAGCAGUGUUUGUGUUCCAGGCUCCGUCUCAUUCCAUGACGCAGCCGAACUCGAACAUCACAGAAGACGAGCUGAGAGUCGGGAUGACCAUUCUGGGAAAGAAAGGCACCAAGACCUGGCACAAAGGCACCCUCGUUUCUAUCAGCCCUGUCGGAAAUGGUGUAUUCAAGUAUAAAGUGAAGUUUGAUAAAGGGAAGAGUCUGCUGUCUGGGAAUCAUGUAGCUUUCGAAUAUAACCCCAUCCUGGAGAUUCUGUAUGUCGGGACUCGUGUCGUCGCCAAGCACCAGGGCGGCAUCCUGGUGUGCCUCUACGCUGGAGUCGUGGCAGAGAUGCCCAACAACAAGAACCGCAUGAGGUUUCUGAUCUUUUUUGAUGAUGGCUAUGCUUCAUAUGUCGACCUACCUGAUCUCCACCCAGUUUGCCAACCAUUGAAGCGUACCUGGGAGGAUAUAGAGGAUGCAUCAUGCCGAGACUUAAUUGAGGAGUACAUCACGGCAUAUCCCAGCAGGCCUAUGGUGCUCCUGAAGGUCGGACAGAUCAUCAAGACGGAGUGGGAGGGAACCUGGUGGAAGAGCAAAGUUGAGGAGGUGGAAGGGAGCUUGGUCAAGAUCCUCUUUUUGGAUGACAAGAGGAGUGAGUGGAUUUAUAGAGGCUCCACCAGGUUGGAGCCAAUGUUCAACCUGAAGAUGACCUCCGCCAACACCCAGGAGAAGAAGCUGGCUGGCCAGCAGAGGAGCCGUCCUAACAUGGGGGCGUUGAGGAGUAAAGGUCCAGUAGUCCAGUACACCAGUGACGGACAUGUUGGAACUUCAGUCAAAACGCCGCAGGGCUCACCCAGCCAGCCUCCGCAGAUAUCACAACAACAAUCACCACAACAACAAUCACCACAACAACAAUCACCACAACAACAAAAACCACAACCACAACAACAACAACAACACCAGGGUCCUCUGCCCCCUCAGCCCCUUCAGCCACAACAGAUCCAACAGAUUCUUCCGCCUCCUCAGCCCCCUCACAACAAACAUCAGAUGGCAAAGAAGAGCACCUCUCCGUUUAUUCCAGGGAUAGGAGGGACCCAUGCCUCCAAAAUCAUGCAGUCUCUUUCUGCCGGUCCCAUGAACCUCUCUAGUGCAAGAAUGUUGAGCACCCAGGAUAUUGCUGGUCCCACUUUCAAGCAGUCCUUUCCGAGACCCCCCCUUCUGGUCUCUUUCCCCCCUGCUAUUCCCCACACGAUGGCCACCGUCCCACAUCAGCCCUCUUACCGCGCCUCCACGGACCGCAUCUCCUACCUGGCACACGCCUGUCAGCCCGCAUGUCUGAACAGCGUCAGACCUGUAAAACCAGACGUGCACCGAGGGAAGAACCCCCUCCUCACACCUCUACUGUACGACUUCAGACGCAUGACGGGACGGUGCAAAGUUAACCGGAAGAUGUCUUUCCAUGUGAUCUACAAGGCUCCGUGUGGGCUUUGCCUGCGAAACAUGGGGGAGAUCCAGCAUUACCUCUUCCAGACGCGCUGUGACUUUAUCUUCUUGGAGAUGUUCUGUCUCGACCCCUACGUGUUCGUGGACAGGCCCUUCCAGCCACAGAGGCCCUUCUAUUACAUUCCAGACAUCACUAAUGGAAAAGAGGACAUCCCCCUCUCCUGCGUCAAUGAGAUCGAUUCUGGCCCGCCUCAGAAAGUAGCUUACAGUAAAGAGCGGAUUCCUGAAGAUGGAGUAUACAUCAACACCAGUGCAGACUUCCUGGUCGGGUGUGAGUGCACCGACGGCUGUCGAGACAAGUCCAAAUGCUCUUGCCACCAGCUGACCCUUCAGGCUACAGGUUGUACACCGGGGGCACAGAUUAACACCAAUGCUGGAUUUUUGCACAAACGAUUAGAGGAGUGCCUCCCCACAGGGAUCUACGAGUGUAAUAAGCGGUGUAAAUGCUGUGCUGAGAUGUGCACCAACAGGCUGGUGCAGCAUGGUCUGCAGGUGCGUCUCCAGCUCUUUAAGACCCAGAACAAAGGCUGGGGCAUCCGCUGUCUGGAUGACAUGGCCAAAGGCUCUUUUGUCUGCAUCUAUGCUGGUAAAAUCUUGACGGACGACUUUGCUGACAAAGAAGGUCUAGAGAUGGGCGACGAGUAUUUUGCCAAUCUGGACCAUAUAGAGAGUGUGGAGAACUUCAAGGAGGGCUAUGAGAGCGAGGCUCACUGCUCGGACAGCAGCGUGGACGUGUCGAGGAUAGAAAUCCAACCCUCCGCUUUAGUAACAAAUAAAGCUGGAGGGAGGCCGCCCAAAAAUGGGAGUCAAGACAGUAAAGAUGGCUUGAGCCUUUCAGCAAAAGGAACCGAUGAGGAGAAGAAUCCGCCGUCCAUGCCUGAGGAGACGGGGAAAAGCAAAGUGGCUUUAUGGCUCACCAGCCAGGGGCUGAAGAAGGAGUCCGGGGACGGCAAAAGUCAAGUGAAGUCAGAGUCGGGGAAGAAGCAGGAUGUGAUGACUCUCUCUGACAGUGAUGAUGUUCAGACCAACAGCUCUGGAUCUGAAGACAACAAGGAGAAAGAGAAAGUCAUCCCGGGUGUGACUAAGAAGCAGGUAGCAGUGAAAUCUACUCGUGGGAUCGCUCUGAAGGGCAGCCACGGCAUGAUGGUGAAAACGGGACCACCUGGAGGCGGGGGAGGGCAGGGAGGUCAGGGAGGGAAAACAGGAAAGCAGGGACACACUGGAGGAGGCAGGAAAAACACUUACAAAAAUUCCCGUCUGUUCUUUGACGGAGAAGAGUCCUGCUGCAUCAUUGAUGCCAAGUUGGAAGGAAACCUCGGGCGGUACCUCAAUCACAGCUGUAGUCCUAACCUUUUCGUCCAGAAUGUGUUUGUGGACACGCAUGACUUGAGGUUUCCCUGGGUGGCGUUCUUUGCCAGCAAGCGGAUCCAUGCCGGCACGGAGCUGACGUGGGACUAUAACUACGAGGUGGGCAGCGUGGAGGGGAAGGUGCUGCUGUGCUGCUGCGGGUCCAGCGAGUGCAGAGGGAGGCUGCUGUGAUCCUUCUCUGCUUCAUCUGUAGGAAACUAUAGGAGUCCUUUUGACUCUGUAACUUUGUUCUUUUUUUUUUGUUCUUUUUUAAAGUUGAUCCAUGCAUUUUAUUACCGCUGUUUUGCGGCUUUAAUUUAUAAGAAACAUGUUUCCUGGUGUGUCUCAUGUUAUCCAUAAAUCUCUUUCUUUACAUAUGAAUAAAAUGUAAUGUUUCUUCAA